CAGUCCCUGCAAUACCACCAUGACCGUUCACACUUUUCAGAUUGAAAAGCAAUCGUCACAGCUGUGGACCCUUUGUUUUGGUCUGUCACAUAAAAUCCCAGUAAAACAUUGUAGUUUAUGGCUGCAGGUUUAAAUUGAAGCUGCAUCUUCAGAUCAGAUGAGUCCCGCUCUGCCUCUGGGAGGGAGUGAUGCAGCUGAGUGUGUUUCAGUGUGUCUGCCUUUUUUUCCCUUCAUCUCUCCCAACUUUCCCACAUUAAACACUUGGACCAUAAAAGGAGACGCAGAUCUUCUCCCUGCGCCUGAAUCAAAAGCUCAAGCCGAGGAGGAGCUCCGCUGGGCCGGCAGGAGCCCGCCAGCCGCUCCGGAGACCCCCAAACCCCACGAAGGAGUCCGAAUGGACCCGAGCCUCCACCUGCUGCUGCACAGCGCGCGCCUCCCGCUCAAACCGAGCGAGCUCCGCACGAGCGCCCAGCUCAGCCCGGGAUUUAACCAGAAMCAGGAGCCGGUCAUUUCUCUCUUUUCACAAGUUUUCAUCUAAAAACUCUUUAUAAACUAACGGAACCGGAGCUGUUUGGACUCUUACACACAUUUAAAGAGUUUCCCCCACACACUGGAUCAAAGUAAGUCCCGGUGUUAUCCGCAGUGAACGUUCAUUUCCAUUUAAACAUCUGACCGCUUCCCAGCAUGAGUCUGCGGACUAACGACUCCCUGCCGGACCUGUUCCACCAGAACUCCUCCUCCAACCGGACCGGGCCGCCGGACUCCGCCACACCGCUGGACCUGAGCCGGGCGGUGCCGGUGGGCAUGGUGCUGGCCUCCUUCAUCAUGUUCGCCAUCGUGGGGAACAUCCUGGUCAUCUUGUCGGUGGUCUGUAACCGACACCUGCGGACCCCCACCAACUACUUCAUCAUCAACCUGGCCAUGGCGGACCUGCUGCUGGGCACCACCGUGCUGCCGGUGUCCGCCACCCUGGAGGUUCUGGGCUACUGGGUGUUUGGUCGGAUCUUCUGUGAUAUCUGGGCGGCGGUGGACGUGCUGUGCUGCACGGCCUCCAUCAUGUCGCUCUGCGUCAUCUCCAUCGACCGCUACGUGGGCGUGCGCUACCCACUGCAGUACCCCAUGGUGGUCACCAGGAGGCGCGCGCUAAUGGCCAUGCUGGGAGUCUGGAUCCUGGCGCUGGUUAUCUCCAUCGGGCCGCUGCUUGGCUGGAAGCAGCCGCCAUCACAGGACGACACAGUGUGUGUGAUCACAGAGGAGCCGUUCUACGCCCUGUUCUCGUCGCUGGGCUCCUUCUACAUCCCGCUGGCCGUCAUCCUGGCCAUGUACUGCCGCGUCUACGUGGUGGCCAAGCGCACCACCAGGAACCUGGAGGCCGGCAUGAUGAGGGACCGCGCCGAGGACUCCAACGAGCUCACCCUCAGGAUCCACUGCCGGAACCAGCAGAUCCACGACCUCUGCCCUCCCGCCAAGGCCGCAGGGGGCGGAGCCUCGACCGGCCGCGGCGCCCUCACCGUCAAGCUGCUCAAGUUCUCACGAGAGAAGAAAGCUGCCAAGACGCUGGGCGUGGUGGUGGGCAUGUUCAUCCUCUGCUGGCUGCCCUUCUUCCUGGUUCUGCCCAUCAGCUCGUUCAACAGCAGCCUCCGACCUCCAGAGACACUCUUCAAGGUCAUCUUCUGGUUGGGAUACUUCAACAGCUGCCUGAACCCCAUCAUCUACCCCUGCUACAGCCGCGAAUUCAAACAGGUAAGGCCCGGGGAAGCUCCUCCCCUCCCCGCAGUCUUCCUCACCGCUCUGCUCCGCCCGCAGGCCUUCAUCCGCAUCCUGCACUGCCGCUGGAAGAGCAAGCGCCAGGGAUGGCAGGCGUACUACAACUACCGCUGCCAGCAAGGGUCAAACGCCUCGUCCUUCCUGAACGGCAGCCAGCAGACGCUGUCCUCCGCCGGCCAUAGCCCCUGCUGCGUCUCCGCCAAGCUCCGCCCGCCACCGUGGCCCUCCGCCUGCAAGCGCCCACUGCCCGGGUCGGCGCCAAGACCCGGUCCGUCCCCGCUCGCAAAGGAUGCUGGGAGGCCGGGGGGCGGGGCCAACGGCCUGAGAAUCACCAGAGAAGAUGAAUGACAGAGGAAUCGCCCUCUGAGAACAGACAGAAAAUGAUGUCAUAAACACUGAUCAAUCCGGUGCUCAGCCUCAUGGACGCACCUGGCUCCUCUUCCAGGUGUAGACUUUAGAACUCCAGGCUUUUAUUGUGAAGGAGCCAACUAAGAUCCUGUAAAAACAGAACCAGAUCAGAUCUGCAUUUUAUUUAAGUUAAUCAGAGUUUUUAUUAAUGUGAGAUAAAUCCAUCAUGACUAAGUUUAUCUGCUUAAAGCUGUAAAAUAAAUAAAGCAACAAUACACCGAGUUUAAACUGAUUUUACUUUGAUAAGUACAGAUUCUCUUAAACUUCAUAUUUAUUUAUUCUGUUUUACGUUGUGAUGAAUACGUUCAGAUCUUGCCGAGCUUUUAUUGUGAAAGUAUCAGUGGUUGUAUUAUGACUUUUAUUGUGAAGGGUUUUUUAUAUCUCAGUGUUGAAUUGAAUCCAGCUGUGCUCCCCAGAUGUUCCUGCAGCGACUCGAUCACUGGUUCUGUCAGAGGAUGAAGACGUUUUGAUGAAGUUGGGAACUGUUAGUUUUAACCUGGUUGCAGGAAGGCAGCUGCUGUGUUCCUGCAGCACCACCUGGCGGACAGCGGAAGAACUGCAGCCGCUUGUAUUUUUUUUCUGUAUUGUUUUUCUACUUCCAUCAUCAGCCGGUCUGUGUGAAUUCACCUCCUCUGUUCGGUUCAAUAAAAACCUGUUUGCUGUGUUGUAAA